GUCAAUCCCACAGCGCAACCCAGCAUCCUCACUUCUAUACCAUCAACCAAGGCCUCCUCAGCCCAGAUUCAAUUGACUGCGCCAGCCACAGCAUCUCCAGUCAACAGAGUCCCGUGCUCGCUACCAUUUUUAUUCCUUCCAAAAAGUCGGACCAGCCCUUGGACCAGACGACACGCAUCCGCGCGUCCGCCGACCGCGGACCCUCGACGACCUUCUCUUGCUGGUCUUUUGCUCUCCCAACGGCGAUCGCGACCGCGACCCGUGGCCAUACAUGGUGGCAGUCCCGGGCGAGACGACACCUGCGACAGCCCACAUUACCAUCUUCGUCCCUCGCGACGCCUUGGCCUCGUCCCAUCGACCAGCCCUCUCCUUUCGUCUGCCGCAUCUUGGCUUCGAUCCUUCCUCAUGACUGCUGUCGCCAGCCCUCCCAGUUUUGCGAACAUCAACAGGCCGGCAUGGGGGCUUAAUGGUGGCCAGUCUCUCAAUUCCGUCAACUCGGACGACGUCAGGGGCGCCUUGAUGCCGCGAAAAACGAUCCCGCGGAACAACUCGUCGUCUUCCAUCUCCUCCAGCUCCUCCAUCUCCUCUUCGUCCACGGCCGUCAGCAGCACCAACGGCCAGACCAACGGCGUGACUGCGCAGUCUGCAGCAGGCGAGCUCGGCGGUUGGCCCAAUGCUGCACCACGAAAAAGGCCACAGGGAAAAGGGCAGUGGAGCGCUCCGCGGCUAGAGAGCGGUACAGAGCUGGGACGAAUGCCUGCUGGUCGUCCACAGCUGGCCAACGGAUUAAACGGCGCCUCGCCGAUGUCCCCGGCCCCUUUACUGCAGUCUCCAGCGCAGAUGGCGCCCCAGAGGCCGGUUGCUGAACCCCUGACCCCGGGGCAGCCGGUGCUCUACCUCCUGUCUCUCAACGGCACGUUCGAGAGGAAGACGAUCCAGGUACCAUUCUAUCCAGAGACCUUACGCGUCGGCCGACAGACCAAUAACAAGACGAUACCCACCCCUUUAAAUGGCUUCUUUGACAGUAAAGUGCUGUCCCGGCAACAUGCAGAGAUAUGGGCAGAUCGUCAGGGGAAGAUCUGGAUCCGCGACGUCAAGUCUUCCAAUGGAACCUUUGUAAAUGGUUCACGGCUGUCUCCAGAGAACCGGGAAUCAGAACCCCACGAGCUCCAGACCUCAGAUCAUCUUGAAUUGGGUAUAGACAUCGUGAGUGAGGAUCAGAAAUCGGUCGUACAUCACAAAGUCGCGGCAAAAGUGGAACAUGCUGGGUUUCCAAACCCUUCGAACAACCUUUUGGACAUGAACUUUGGCGACCUGGAUCCGGCCACUGGCGGCAUGAUGAUGCCGCAGAGCGGCGGAAUGCCAUUCAGAGGCAGAACCGGCAGCCAAGCAUCGACUGGCUCAAACGGUCGAGGGCUUGCUGGCGCAGCUGCGCAGAUGAUGAACAAUCAGGCUAAUAACAUGGCAUUCAAUAACCGUGCUUUCAUCAACACGCACCCGUCAGCCGAGCUGAUAGUGAAGAAAUUACGAGUGAGUAUCCUCGCACAAGACCUGUCCCGCACCAGUAAAUUCUUGGAUGCGCUUUUGUCAAACGAAGAUAUCAAGAAUCAGGAAAAGGUCGAGGUCCCGGAACCGCCGAAGCAAGCAGUUGUGAAUGGGAACUCUCUGUCAUUCCGAUCAGAUGCCAAAACACGAUUUUCCGACCCGCCAGCUCCCCCGCCCCAGCAGCCUCUGCCUGAAAAACCCGACUCCGCUAGAGCCCAAGGUGAUGUGCCUUCUUUGAAGCGCGCGACAACCGAGCGGCCCCCGAAGCCUGCCCCCACGAGCACGUCACCUAUUCGCCAGGACAACCUAAGUCAGAUCAUCCAGUUGACUGAAGCGCUCAACAGCGCGAAGCGCGAGAUAGAUAACCAGACCGUCAAGAUGCGAGAUCUGGAAGAAAUGUUACAGAAAGAGAGGGAGGCACGCGAGGCCGCGGAGGAGCUCGCGAAACGACUAGAGGGCGAUGCUCAACUGCGCAUGAACGGAUCAACAAAGUCACACAUUGAAGACAAAACAUUAGAAGAUGCCUUCGAACCCCUGUCUGACAAGACCCCUAGCGGGCCCAAGGCACCAGAGGAGGUUGUGCCAGUGACAGAAACAAAGGAUGAAAGGACGACGUUUUUGGAAUCACAAAUCGAUCAAAUGUUGUCAGAGGUAAAGGGAUUGAGGGAACAGGUUGAAGUGUACAAGAAGCAGGCAGACCAGGCAACAGCGGAACGGGAUGCGGACCGCAAGACACUGGCAGAGAUGGUGCGGCAGAUUCGGCAGAGGGACGAGGAGGCAGCAGCUCUGAAGGCAGCAGCUCGGGCUCGGGCUCGAACACGGUCAAGGUCCAACGGCAGGGAGCGGGGCUCGACCAUCACUGCGUCCAGGUCCGCCAGCCGGGGCCGACCUGCGUCCAGUGUGGGGGGCGAGCCUGGCCUCGACAGCAUCGCAGAAGACUCGCUCGACGACAAGCCAACAUUAUCCCGAGCCAACACCAUCACACCUACCGCGAGGUCACCAUCAAAAAGAGCAGUAUCGGGCCAGGCCAUCACCGAAUCACUCCCGUAUGCUUCGAUGCUGGGCGUGGUGUUGAUAGGUAUGGGUCUUAUGGCUUACAUCAACGGGUGGCAACCGCAGCCUCGUCUGCAGGAUCGAUGAGACUGAUUUGGCGGGAGGGCGUGUAUUGGGAGGUUUUUAGGAACAAAAGCAGAGCAUCCAUGUACAUUUUCUUUUCCUUUUGGUCGAGCUGACAUCCGCAUAAGCAGUCACAGAUGAUAAUUUAGGGUUGCAUCUUUCCAUACCUCUUGUGUGCUUUGACAUAGAUCCGUAUAGCGAGCUCCUUGAUCUUGUUUGCACCAAAGCAUCUUGCUACUUGGCCAUCGUCCCUCUCGAUACUGGUUGACAGUCUGAAUCCAAGUUGAGGGCUAUG